GUGCUGCCCCUGGGCACAAGAUGCUGCAGGUGUUGCUAGCAGUGGGCAUGGGAGCCCUGGCACUGCUCCUGUUCGUGGUAUGGCGGGUUCGUACAGAUGGCGCGUGGGCACUCUGGUGGCACGAUAAUUACCUGGAGCGACUGCGAGACUUCACCAGCGGGCAGAGCCGGCCCAUGCGGAUCCUGCAGUUUGUACAGAGCGCAGCGGCGCCGGGAGAUGCCAACAGCGCCAUUUGUGCCGUGGAUUCCUACUGUGCCAAUGUAGAGUGGGCAAUGAACGUGGGGGACAAGAAAGGGCAGAUUCUGGACGCGGUGGUGCUGGCUGUUCGCCCUCGCUGGGUCCUGGAACUGGGCACAUACUGUGGUUAUUCCACCAUGAGAAUUGCCCGACUCCUGCCCCCAGGGGCCCGGCUUGUUACCCUCGAGAUGAACCAACACUAUGCGCAGGUGGCCAAGCAAAUCCUCGGGCACGCGGGGCUGGAUACCCAGCUGAGCCCCAGCCCCGCCCCUCACACUCAGGGGGAGGAGCCUGUAGGGGGCGCCACUCAGUCACCCCAGGGCCGCUGGCGCUUACAGGAAGCUCUGAUUUACACCACCCUGCACUGCCUGCAACUGCCCCUACAGCUCUUCUCCCGCCCCCCCCAGAACCCCCUGUCCCCCUUCUGCCCCAAAGCCACGGAAGAGACAGCUGAGAGACAGCCAGCAAAGCGGAGCAGCGCCUGUAAGGUGGAUCUGCUGGUCGGUGCCAGUUCUGCCCUCAUCCCGCAGCUGAAGAAGAAGUUUGAGAUGGAAACGUUUGAUCUGAUCUUUAUCGACCACUGGAAGGCGAGUUACCUGCCCGAUGCCCGGCUGCUGGAGGAAUGCGGUUUGCUGGCGCCUGGCACCGUCCUAUUGGCCGAUAACGUUACCUGCCCCGGAGCCCCCGACUACCUACAGUACGUGAGAAACAGCCCCCGCUAUCGGAGCGAGUACUUCCCGUGCCAGCUGGAGUACCUGCAGGUGGAGGAUGGCAUGGAGAAGUCGGUGUUCCUGGGCUGAUCAUUGGGUGGCACGGCUGUGCCAGGACUCUCCUAUUGGCCAGUGCAACUUAGUCUCCUUAGCUAAUCAAGUGGGGGGCACGAGAGAGUCACAUGAUGUGCUGGAAGGAACCCCAUUGCGGGUGGUAGUGCCCCCAUGCUACACUGGCUCAGAGACUGAUACCCCCUGUGCAAUGGGCAGCCGGUCGGUAUGGGCAGCUAAAGGAACUUGCCCCAAUGUUCCCUGAUCCCCCAGCUCUUCCCUUUAUACCCCAAUAACCACUGUAGGUACCUGCCCAUCAUCCAAUGGGAGUGUUGCACCGUGGGCAUAGGGCAAACCAGUCUUCUGCCCCGUCACGUUGGCAAAACCCGGUUUUCUAAUAAAACUCCUAAUUCUCUAAA